AUGCAUACAGCUGGGAAAAAGAACUAUUCCAUCCAAAUCAAUACAUCCAAAUUUAGUCUCACUCAAACUACGUAUCGUCGUUAUGUAACUCCCUUCGAGAAAAUUCUUUCUCAACAGUAUCAAGGACAAGGAACAACUGAAGAACCUUAUAAGAUUGAAUGGAUAUUGGAAGAUCCUGAAAAUCCUCAAACGUGGAAUACAGUGUACAGAUGGAUGUUGACCGUCUUUGUCUCGGUGGCCGCUACAAUUGUUCUUUUCUGUUCAUCUGUGUACGUUGGCGAAUUCGAUGGUCUCAGCCAAGAUUUUCAACCUUCUCGUGAAGUCAUUACUCUUGGUAUCUCUGUUAAUGUGCUUGGUUUUGCACUGGGUCCUCUUAUUUGGGCGCCAUGUUCUGAAGUGUUUGGAAGACGUAUUGUCUUUAUCAUCACUUUUGCGACUAUGACUGCGUUCAAUGCUGGAUCGGCAGCAUCGGUGAAUAUGUGGACACACAUUAUUCUUCGAUUCUUUGCCGGUGCAUUCGGUUCAUCUGCAUUCGCUAAUAGUAGCGGUACGAUCGCUGACCUUUAUCCGACCAAUCGGCGAGGUCUUCCUUUGACAAUUUUUGCAGCUGCUCCGUUCCUAGGACCUGUUUUCGGAUCUAUUAUCGGUGGCUUCGUUGGUGCCGCGAUCGGAUGGAGAUGGAUCCAAGGCAUUAUGGCUAUUAUUACAGGUGUGUUAACUGUCAUCGGAAUAGUUGGUUUACCGGAGACCUAUGCACCUGUUCUUCUACACUGGCGCGCUGAAAAGUUGUGCAACGUCACAGGCUAUUUCUAUCGCUCGAAAUUCGAAGAAAAAGCUCGAAUCACACUUCCUUAUCUUCUAAAGAUUUCAUUCUCUCGACCUUGGAUAUUUCUUUUUCGUGAACCAAUUGUUCUGUUCUUCGCCAUCUACAUGGCUGUCAUCUACGGUAUCAUGUACAUGCUGAUUGGUGCUUUUCCAAUACUCUAUCAUGAACAGAAAGGAUGGGCACCUGGUAUCGAUGGUCUUCCAUUUCUUGGCAUGGCAGUAGGCAUAGUUCUUGGUACUUUGUAUUGUAUCUGGGAUAAACGACGAUAUACCGAAGUAACAAAAGCAUAUGCUGGUAGUUUAGUACCACCAGAAACACGUCUUCCACCAGCAAUUGUUGGUGCAUUCGGCCUACCGAUAGGACUAUUUUGGUUUGCCUGGACCAAUUAUUCGUCGAUACACUUUAUAGUUCCCAUUCUGGCAGUCAUACCAUUUGGAUUUGGAAUAGUGCUCGUCUUCGUGGCUCUCAUAAACUAUAUGAUCGAUACUUACACUAUAUAUGCAGCAACUGUAAUGGCCGCUAACUCCAUUCUUCGCUCAUUGUUUGGUGCUGCCUUUCCUCUAUUCACUGCCAGAAUGUUUCAAAAUCUUGGUAUUCAAUGGGCAGCCUCGAUCGCUGGUUUUCUAGCCCUUCUCUGUUUACCGCUACCAUUCAUUUUCUGGAAAUAUGGCGCAAUCAUUCGAGCCUGGUCAAAGUAUUCAUCUGAAGCAACUGCUUCCAAACAAGAAACGCCUAUGCCACAAUUGGAUAAACCAAAAAUUAACACUAAAGCGAACAUCUCUAAGAAUUGUAUAUUAGAGCCUAAUGGUGCGGAGGAUAUUUGUUUGUAG